AUGACAACACGUACCGACGAUACCGAAAAGGCAGUACCGGCUCAGGUAGAAGAUCUGUCCCGCUUGGACACAUCCACGUCUAGGAUAGGACAUCUAGCAAAUCAGGAGGAUCAUGAAGAGACCGUCUCUCAAUGCUUGAGGAAGCAUCCUGUCCCCGUAUUGUGGUGCUGCUACGGUAUAUGGGUCAUUCUAGCCACCGCUUUCGACUUUGCCGCUCCCUCUGCUGUGAUAGGUAUCCCUCAGUUCCGGAAGGACUUUGGCAGACCUUUUGCUGGUAACUACGUUCUUCCAGCAAAUUGGCAAGCCGCGUUCAGCGGCGCACCUGUCGCGUCGGGCUGCAUUGGCAGCUUGAUCACUGGAUGGCUCGGAGAGAAGAUAGGUAUGAAGCGUAUGCUUCUUCUUGGCUUCAUCAACAUCCUCAUUGGCACAACAAUUCAGAUUAUUGCUACCACAAACGCUGUCUUUUUUGUCGCCAAGUUUAUCGGUGGAUUCUCCAUCGGUAUCGGUCUCACGACGAUUUUCAGUUACCUCGGGGAGAUUGCUCCCACCCCAAUCCGCGGCAUCCUUACAGCUGCGAGUGCUAUCACAUUUGUGCUGGCGCAGCUGAUCGUGGCACUAAUACUCAACUACAUAAGCGAUGGGACGACUCGAUGGACAUAUCGUGGACUUUUCUGUGGUCAAUAUGCUAUUACUGCUAUCGCCAUGGUCGGCCUACCAUUCAUGCCAGAAUCUCCGUACUGGCUGAUUAGGCAUGGAAAGGAAGAAAAAGCAACACGUGCCCUGCGCCGCCUCGGAUACAAAACCGACGAAAUUGAGAAGCGGAUCGCCAACAUCAAGGUUACUCUGGAAGAAGCUCGAGGUGAAACCGAAAAGGCCUCAUAUCUCGAAUGCUUCAAGAAGUCGAAUCUCCGUCGUACAAUGGUGGCGGUCAUGCCCAUUUGUAUUCAGAAUGUCGGAGGAGCUUAUUUCAUUCUGGCUUACCUCACUUACUACGCACAGCUUUCCGGCUACAGUCCAUCCAUGAGUUUCAAGAUCAACAUUGCCGCUCAAUGUGUCUCUUUUCUGGGCUGCGUCGCAUCUUGGCCUAUGGUGGAACGUUUCGGUCGACGUCCACUGAAUCUCUACGGAACUGCUCUUUUGACUGUCAUCCUUUGGAUUUGUGGUGGCUUAGCCACGGUAACUACCAGCACUACAUUUCUGAGAGGUGCUAUAUCAAUGUUUAUUAUAUACCUGUUCGUAUAUACCGCCACCAUCGGUUCCACGGCAUAUACAGCAUUAGGCGAGGUUGCCACUCCUCGUCUACGCAUCUUGACGGCUGCCAUUGGCAUUAUUUUGCAAAAUGCCAUCGUGUGCGUGCUAGCAUUCGUCAUUCCCUACAUCUUCAACCCCGAUAAGGCAAAUCUGGGUGGAAAGACUGCCUUCAUCUUCGGCGGCUUCAGCAUCUUGUCUACUAUAUAUAUGUUCUUCUGCCAUCCAGAGACUGCCGGUCGCAGCUUUGAGGAGAUAGACGAGAUGUUCAUCAAGCAUGUUCCAGCUCGGCAGUUCUCGAGCUUCAAGACAGACGCAGAGGUGAGGGGCAAAAUGGUUGCAGCGGAGCUCAAGAAUUGA